GUGAUUGCGCUAUUGACCGGCUCUACGAGCGCGAUUGGACUUUGUUGGAGUAACUAUACCCUCAGUAUACCUGUUUUUUGACAUUUCUGUGGACACGCGGUAGUAACAGAGAGCUAGCUACCAACUACGGCAUGGGCCACAGAAUGAAAGACGUGCCUGAUAGAGAUAGAGAGAAAUUCUUCUUGCUAUUCUAUAUUUCUAAUGCGUCAUUUUCCAUGUCCAAUGCCCUAACAAAACUUUCAAUGAUUUUACAAUACCUAAGAGUAUUUAAAGAUCGCAUGCCAAGCCUGAAAAUUAUAUCCAAGCUCUUGAUGGUUGUUGUUUUGGCGUGGGGCAUUGGCUUUACUUUCAUGGCGUGGUUUCCUUGCUUUCCGCCAUACCACUUCUACACACUAGGGUCAGAAUCAAGCUGCUACGGAUACGGUUCCACUAACCCUGUAGAGAUUUAUAACGUCGUUGUCGCAUCCAAUGGAACGAACAUGGCACUGGACCUAUUGAUCCUCAUAGUGCCUAUACCCCUACUAUUCAGCAAGAAGACCAUCAGCCGAACAAGGAAAGGGCUGUUUGGUUUAUUUUUCAUUGGAAUACUAAUCAAUUUAAUCGCUGCAUGGCGUAUCGUGGCCAACAAGGCGACAUCGGACAAAGGCGCAGAUCCAAUGUGGAUCUUCCCACCCAUAAUACUCCUGGGAGAGACGGAAAACCGACUAUCACUAGCUUUGGCAUCGAUCCCAGUAUUCUGGCCCGUGGUCACUAAAACUUGGCAAACCCUGGUCAUCGUUGUCACGCACGAGGUCAACGUCGAGAGCACGCAGCAGCCUCCGGACGUAAGGGAAAUGAACAGAAUCACCCUGGAAUAUGGCAAUGUCCAAGCAAACCGCGUGGUUACAGAGGAUGAGGUAGACGAGGCCGGACUGAGACACACGGGGCGACUAUUCGACGCAAGCGGGUACAAGAGGAGGCUGAUAAGCCCCUUUGUGGAGUCUGAAAGCAAGGGACAGUACCCCAGCAGCACCCAGGUGAUGUCUUUGGAUUAGGAAGCAGUUGGACAGAAUUUCUUACGGCGGCAAAAUAGCCAAUAAAGAAAGUCCUUGUUUGUUUUUACGAGAAGUAUUCUAGCAGACUAUGAGGGCUUACUGCAAAAGCGAGGUAGUGGCCUCUACGUGUUGCCGUUGACUAGUCGUGCUUCUAUCGAUUGCCGCAGUGGU